CAUCCUCCCCUCACGACCAAGAUGGCGGCGCGCCGCGGCUCCUCCAAACCCCGAACCGCGAAUCGGCCCCGAGCCUCGAAUCGCGACAGGCCCCGGGCCCGCAAUCGCGACAAGGCGGACGCGGAGCCCCCGGGCCGCGUGUACGUGCCCGGGGCGGGGCCGCCGCUGGGCCCCGACGAGGAGCUGGUGAUGGACGAGGAGGCCUACGUGAUGUAUCACCGCGCCGGCACCGGCUCGCCCUGCCUGAGCUUUGACGUGGUGCGGGACGGGCUGGGGGAGGGGCGGGAGCAGCCCCCGCUCUCGGUGCUGCUCUGUGCGGGGACCCAGGCCGAGACCCCCGGGGCCAACCGGGUGCUGCUGCUGCAGAUGCAGAACCUGCACGGGCUGAGGAGGGGCAGUGACAGUGACAAUGACAGUGACAAUGACAGUGACAGUGAUGAGGAGGGGGAGGGGCGGGAGCCGCAGCUGCUGCUCGUCAUGGCCCCCCACUACGGGGGGGUCAACAGGCUCAGGGUGACGACCCUUGGGGGGUCCCCGAUCGCGGCCGUGUGGUCGGAGCGGGGCCAGGUGGAGGUGCUGGGGCUGGGGAGGGCCCUGGGGGUUCUGGCAGGGGAAUUUGGGGAGGGGGAUUCGGGGAGGGGGCCCAGGACCGUCCAGCAGGGAGCACUGCCCGAGCUCGCCUCCUUCAGCGGCCACUUGGACGAGGGGUUCGGGCUGGACUGGAGCCCCCAGACCCCAGGCCGGCUGCUCUCCGGGGACGUGCGGGGCCGCAUCCAUCGCUGGGAGCCGCGCGAGGGCGGCUGGGCCGUGGACCAGAGGCCUCUGCUGGGCCAUGAGGGCAGCGUGGAGGACAUCCAGUGGUCACCCAGCGAGGCCUCGGUGUUCAUCUCGUGCUCCUCGGACGCCUCCCUGCGUGUGUGGGACGUUCGUGCCCCUCCCCCCCGGGCGUGCCAGCUCUCGGUGCCCUCGGCGCACGACGGCGACGUCAACGUCAUCGCCUGGAGCCGGCGCGACGCGGCCGCGCUGCUCAGCGGGGGUGAUGAUGGCACCCUCAGGCUCUGGGACCUGCGCAGUGUCAGGACGAGCUCCUCGUGCGUUGCCACCUUCAAGCAGCACCGGGGCCCCAUCACGUCGGUGCAGUGGCACCCGGGCGAGAGCGGCGUCCUGGCGGCCGCGGGCGAGGACGACCUGGUCACCCAGUGGGACCUGGGCGUGGAAAAGGACCCUGAGGGGGAGGGGGAGGGCUCUGGGGAGGGGGAGGGGCUGGCAGGGCUGCCCCCCCAGCUGCUGUUCAUGCACCAGGGAGAGAGGGAGGUGAAGGAGCUGCACUGGCACCCGCAGUGCCCGGGGCUGCUGCUGUGCACGGGCAGGGAGGGCAUCGCCGCCUUCCGCACCAUCAGCGUGUGACAGCCUGAAAUUGGGGUGAAAAAACCCAAAAUUGGGGUGAGAACAGCUGGAAUUGGGGUCAGGACACCCAGAAUUGGGGGGAAAAAAACUGGAAUUGGGGUCAGGACACCCAAAAUUGGGGUCAGGACACCCAAAAUUUGGGUCAGGACACCCAAAACUGGGGUGAAAACAGCCAGAAUUGGGGUCAGGACACCCAAAAUUUGGGUGAAAAAACCUGGAAUUGGGGAGGGAACCCCUGGGAAUGUGCCCAGGGUGCUGCUGUGCACAGGCAGGGAGGGCAUUGCACAUCAUCAGUGUGUGAUUGGGGUGAAAAAACCCCAAAAUUGAGGUCAGGACACCCAAAAUUGGGGUCAGGACACCCAAAAUUGGGAUGAAAACAGCUGAAAUUGGGGUGAAAACACCCAAAAUUGGGAUGAAACCAGCCAGAAUUUCCCUCCAUUCCAGGGCCCCCGUCCUCAAAAUCAGGGGGGUUUUAUCCCCAAAUUCAGGGAGGUUUUGUCCCCAAGUUCCAGGGGGAUGCUCCCCCAACAUCCAAACGAGACUUUGCAAAAACUACCACAAAAAUCGGUUUUAUUUUUAUGGUUAAAAUAAAAAAUAUAACGGAA